AUGAUCGCCGCUCCGGGACCCGAGCGACGGCGAAGACGGCCAGCAGUAUCAUGCUCUCUCUGUCGGAGACGUAAGAUCAGAUGCAAUCGCGAAAGUCCAUGCAGCAACUGCAUCAAGUCCAAAGCCGAACCAUGCGUUUACGACGCCGAGGCUCUUCCCCGACCGCAGCAGCAUCUCGGAUUUAGCCGGACGGCCGAGCUGGAUCUCUGCAAAGCCACAAACGAUCGCCAAAUGCUGCCUCCAGACGCAGUCGCGUCCCUUCCAAGCUAUGCGUCAAGAUCAAUCCCCUCCAGCACGAAAGGCUCGUCGUCCCAGGCAAGCCACGCUUCGGUUUCGGAGGUGGAGUCGAUGAAGACGAGGAUUAGGCAGCUGGAAGAACAAUUGGCCAAGGUCGCGGAGCCUACGAGACCACCACCGCCGCCCUCUCAGAGCUCCAGGAUGGAAACCAGCACGUCCGAGAUAGCAGGGACGUUCCACAUCAACCACGAGAGCCGCAUGGGCCAUGAUUCGCAAUUCUUUCGAGAUGUUUUUGAGAUGAUCGAGCCGUUCAUCCGGGGGAAGGCCUCUAAAGUUGGUUUUGGCAUCAAAAGGUGCAAAGAACUGGCAAGGACCAUCAAAGCACAACGAACGCCUCAAUGGCCUACGCCGCCAACCUCAGACCUGCCUCCGAAAGGCGUUGCCGACGAACUGGUUGACUGUUACCUUCGUACCAUCGAGACGACGUUCCGAGUCCUGCACGUGCCCACGUUCAAGACCGAAUACGACGCGCUGUGGGUGUCCGAUGCACAACCUAGCACCGCAUUCACAGUCCAGCUCAAACUAGUCCUCGCAUUAGGAGCCAUCACGUAUGAUGAACGAUUCUCCAUGAGGCCGUCCGCGGUUCGCUGGGUGUAUGAAGCACACACCUGGCUCUCCGACCCUGACUUCAAACCUCAACUUAACAUGCAGGCUCUUCAGAGCAGGGUACUUCUGACACUGGCCCGAGAGAUAAUCAAUGUUGGUGGCGACUCGACCUGGAUAUCUGCCGGCGCACUUCUCCGGACUGCCUUGCACAUGGGGCUUCAUAGAGAUCCCUCGGCUCUGCCACCCAGGUCGACGCUUGCAGCUGAGAUGCGGCGGAGACUAUGGAACACAAUUCUAGAGCUAUGCUUGCAGUCGAGCAUUUCCUCCGGUGGAGCGCCUUUGUUGUCCCUUAACGAUUUCGACUGCGCGGCCCCGGGAAAUUUUGAUGACGAACAACUCAUGACCGAGGAUCCGGUACCGAAGGCCGACGAUGAGUAUACCCAGACAUCAAUUGCCAGAGCCUUAAGAAGAACCUACCCACAGCGCCUUGCUAUCGCAAAGUUCCUCAAUGACCUCGGUUCAUAUGGCACGUACGAAGGGACUCUCCGGCUAGAUGCAGAGCUGAGAGAAUCCUACAGAGCGGUUUGUAGGACACUCCGGGGCUAUUCCAGCCGCGGUCCAUCUCCUUCGAAGUUUGAGACAUGUGUUCUCGACUUCAUGAUCCACUACUACGUGUGCUGCCUGCAUAUGCCAUUAUUCGAAAAAUCCCUAGGCGAAGCGGCGUACGCAUUUUCCCGGAAGGUCACCAUCGAGAGCGCUCUCAAGAUGUGGUACGCCAUCUACCCGUCCUCAACAAUCAUCAACUCCGCUCGAGGCGAGGAUGCAUUGGACAAAGGUAAUAUAACUCGCUUUGUGGAAUGCGGGUUUGGUUUCUUCCGCACUGGUUCGAUGGUCGCGACCAUGUUUGUCUCGCUGGAGCUCAAGACCCAGCUUCAGGACGAAGAUAGCCUCGGACCCAGUCCGUACCGUGUCGAUUUAUUCUCCCUGCUGUGCGAUGCAAGAGAGCGUUCUUGGAAUAUGAUCGAAUGUGGCGAGACUAAUGUCAAAGGUUACUUACUGGCGUGCCUCGUAACGGCCCAGAUCGAGGGGCUCAUGAAGGGCGUCGAGGCGAGUAGGCUCCCAGAGUAUCUUCUGCAAGCCGCAGAGGCAGCGGAAGACCGCUGUCUCGCUUUCAUGGAGGAGAAAGCCGGUCAGGGACAGGUUGGUGGUAGUACCGAGACCCUGGACCAGAUGUCUGCGAAUACGGCGCCGUUCAUGGGUGACUGGGAGUUCAUCAUGACCGACUCUUUCCUCAACUAUCCGGGCAACAUUGAACCAAUCAGCUGGGUGUUGAACAACGAAACACGACCGUUCAUGAUGUAA